AUGACUUCCAAUCGAACGAUCGCUAAGCGCUUUGUGCUGUUCUACCUCGUUAUAUGGUGUUUAUAUCAACUUGAUGGAAAUUCACUUUCUGCGCAAGCUUCAAGAUGUGAUCCACUCAAUUGUCCCAAAAGCGCCAACUGUACAAUUACAGAGAGAUGCGAUCCUACGUGCGAUGAAGGUUACACGACCUGCGUCCAACUAUGUAGGAACGAAGGGUGUUCGAUGACAUGCCACGCUGGGUUGGAGAAAUGCCGGCAACUCAGUUAUAAUGGAGAAUUAUCCUGCGAAGCAAGCAACGAGUGUGUUCAGGAAUGCAGAGACGGAGCAUGCUCAUCAUCUUGCAACAAUACUGAGGAGUGUGAUCAGGGAUGCAACUACGCAGCAAGUUGCAUCGCAAAAUGUAAUGUUGGGGUAAAAAACUGCUCGCAAUGGUGCAGGAAUAGUAAAACCUGCCAACAAACCUGUAAUGCCAGGGAGAAGUGUCAACAAAUAUGCCAUAGAGGAUAUGGAGAUUGCUCAUUGUUUUGUAAUACGGAAGUCUGCACGCAAGAAUGUUACAAAGAAGACAGCCAAGCGACGUGUAACUCUAGAAGCGGAGCCAACGAGACGUGCAAACAGACAUGCUAUGGAGGAAACUGUUCAUUAUCUUGCAACUCGAGCGACUGUCAACAAGAAUGUUACAAGGGAGGCUGUAACCUGACAUGCAAUUCUAAGAGAUGUAAUCAAUCUUGUGAUCACGGAGGUUGUGUUGCAACAUGUGGCCCGGAGGUCGAGGAAUGCACGCAAGAAUGUAACGAAACAAAGUGCGUUUUACACUGCAAUGCAAAAAAGUGUUUGAGAAAAGGCAGCCAAUGGGUCCAGGAUCUUAAUCCAACUACAAUCAUCAAUCCGAACACUAAUCAGGAACUUAAUCCAACUACAAUCAUCAAUCCGAACUCUAAUCAGGAACUUAAUCCCACUACAACCAUCAGUCCGAACACUAAUCAAUCAGUAACUGCAACAAGCACUACCAAAAAUGGUUCGAAAAGUGAAGCCAGUUGUUUUGGUAAGCAAUACGGCACCCUUCUGUUUCCUUUUCUUGUUGUCUUCCAAUAAGUAUAACGUAUUUAAAGUGUUUAAAGUGAAAAAUUAGGAAAUGAAUAGGUCGCUGAUGUUUAUCAGUGUAUAUGCAUG